CUUACGCCCAACGGACAGGAACCGGAAGUUCUCGCCGGGACUUCUGCUAAACCAUUGCUGGCUUAGUUGCUCCCUGAAACCGCUUUCUGGCGCUGCUGGUGGGCCUCCGCUGAAGAACGGGACCAUGGAAGACAAACCACUGGUAGUAUCUAAACAGAAGACAGAAGUGGUGUGCGGUGUGCCCACUCAGGUGGUCUGCACGGCCUUCAGCAGCCACAUCCUGGUUGUGGUGACCCAGUUCGGGAAGAUGGGUACGCUAGUGUCCUUGGAGCCCAGCAAUGUGGCCAAUGACAUCAGCAAGCCAGUGCUCACCACGAGAGUCCUCCUCGGGCAGGACGAGCCUCUUAUCCAUGUCUUUGCAAAGAACCUGGUAGCAUUUGUGUCGCAAGAAGCAGGAAACAGAGCCGUCCUCCUGGCCAUGGCUGUGAAAGACAAGAGCAUGGAGAGGCUCAAGGCAUUGAAGGAAGUGAUCCGGCUGUGCCAGGUGUGGUGACCUGCAGUUAGCAGUGCCAGACACAGACGUCUGGACGCUCGGUGAGCGGGGCCUUUGAGACCCAUCUUUCCAGCGCCAGGAGAGAGCUCAUUCUCUGCCUUUAGUCCUCAAAGCUGGAAACAGCACUCAAGUCUCAGGGGACUCUCCCUGCAUGGCUGCUGUGUUCUGCCUUGGGCACUGGAGCGGGGCUGGGCUGCAGCUGCUGCAUCCACUGAGUGGAAAUGAGCGUCCGGUUAUGAGGAUAAGUAAUCCUGGGUGUGCAGGAGCACUUGUGGGAAGAUUUUUUUAUUAAAAAUAAAUCUAAAGUACUUGGC